CUACGACUUUGUCUUCUCCCUAGCAAAUUGUUUGCCUUAUUGGAUUUACCGUGAACCGAACAAUCUUCCGGUAAAGACCAUUCUCUCUGCCCUGACUUUUGCCUCCUGAGCCGUGCUUUGGAGUCCUUCAUCUCCUGUUGCUCACCCAGCCGUUACAACCUAUAGGUGAGCCAUCGAUGUGGCGGUGUUCAGUGGUCAGGGUGUACAGGCAUCCCAGACCCACUGGUGACCAGACCCAGGGCACUGCUGCAACAACUACAAACACCAGAACCGCCACCACAGCCGCCACCUGUUCUGAAGGCUGGGGUUGGAGGAGGAGGAGGACCGCCGUUUCGGAGGCGCUGCCGUUAGCGCCAUGCCUGAUACCCCGGCAGGCGGCCCCAGGACGGGGCUGAGGAUGGGGACGGCGGCGUGGCUGCUGUCCCUGGUGCUGGUGAGCGUGGGCCCCCGGCAGGGCCUAGCGGGCUGCCCCGCCGCGUGCCGCUGCUCCUUCGCCAUGCUGCAGUGCCUGGAGGCCGACGGCAUCUCCAGCCUGCCCGCCCUGGCCCCGCAGGAGAGCGAGAACGUCACAGAGAUAUACAUAGAAAACCAAGCCCACCUGGAGAACAUCACAGAGCUGGACCUGGUCUACUACCGGGAGCUGAAAAACCUCACGGUCACAUCCUGUAAACUACGCCUCAUUUCCCCCGGAGCCUUCCAGCACAACCCCAAGCUGCAGUAUAUAAACCUGGCAUCCAACGUCCUGGAGCACAUCAGCUGGAGAGUGUUUCACUUUCUCCCUCUGCUCAACCUAGUGCUGAGGGACAACCCACUGGUGUGCUCCUGUGAAAUCCAUUGGCUGCAGCAGUGGGAGCGCAGUGGGCGGGCUGACCCCGACAACCAACCAAUGACCUGCUUCUCCUUUGGACAGGAAGUACUUCUGAACAUCCUGUCCAUGGACAACUGCUCUCUUCCUGAAGUGACCAUCCUCCCGUCCGCCACUAAGGUCAAGGAAGGAGGCAGCCUGAUGUUUGAGUGUCAUGUGAGCGGGACCCCUCCCCCCGUGGCGAGCUGGCGUACUGAGAGGCUCCAUUCCCGCCAUGUGUUCGAGAGGAGGGUUAUGGUCUCCACCCUGGUGCUGGUGCUGCAGCUCCUGGAGGUCUCCUCUAAGGACAACCUCCACAACCUGACGUGCGAGGCGGAGAACCAAGCUGGGCCGGGAGAGGACAUGGUGCAGCUGGACAUCGAGUUCCCGGUGAGGAUCCUGUUCCUGCGCAAGGCCGAGCGGCAGCACCACUGGUGCUUUCCCUUCGCGGUGGACGGGAACCCCGAGCCCACCAUCCAAUGGCUGUACAACGGCAAGGAGCUCACCGAGAACAGGUACACCUACACCCAGCUGUUCCCCGACACGGACGAUGGCUCCGUGAAGCACGGCUGCCUGUUCCUCAACAAGCCCACCCACCUGAACAACGGCGUGUACACCAUGGUGGUCCGCAACGUACUGGGCCACGACCAGGCCAACGCCACCGGGCUCUUCAUGAACAGCCCUGCCGAUAACUUCGACGAUGGCGCCAUUCCCGUCUUCGAUCCAAUUCCUACCAACACAUCCAACAAGCAUGUGACGGAGAGCAAGGAGAGUCGCCUGUUUGUGAUCUCUGUGGCGGUGGGCCUAGCUGUGUUCGCGUGUGCUUUCCUCCUCGUCAUGCUCGUGGUGAUCAACCGAUGCGGACAGCACUCAAAGUUUGGCAUUCACCGCUCCUCGGUCCUGGGCACUGAGGACGACCUGGCGCUGUCCCUGCGUUUCAUGAACUUCGGGACCAACCCGCCUUGCACCGAGGACGACUCGGGCCUCUCCAGCUUCGUGGAAAACCCUCAGUACUUCUGUGGCAUCAUCAAGGACAAAGACAUGUGUGUCCAGAACAUCAAGAGGCAGGACAUCGUGCUGAAGUGGGAGCUGGGUGAGGGAGCAUUUGGCAAGGUGUACCUGGCUGAGUGUGCCAACCUCAGCCCCGACAGCGACAAGAUGCUGGUAGCCAUCAAGACGCUCAAAGACGCCAACGAGUCGACCAGGCAGGACUUCCAGAGGGAGGCGGAGCUGCUGACGGUGCUCCAGCACCAGCACAUUGUGCGUUUCUACGGCGUGUGCACGGACGGAGAGCCCCUGGCCAUGGUGUUUGAGUACAUGCGGCACGGAGACCUCAACCGCUUCCUCAGGGCCCACGGUCCGGACGCCCGCAUCCUGGAGGAGGUGAAGAUGCCUCCGCUGGGCCAACUGACCGUCCCCCAGAUGCUGCACAUCGCGGGGCAGAUCGCCUCGGGCAUGGUGUACCUGGCCUCCCUGCACUUUGUCCACAGGGACUUGGCCACACGCAACUGCCUGGUGGGCGAGGGGCUUGUGGUGAAGAUCGGGGACUUCGGCAUGUCACGUGACAUCUACAGCACCGACUACUACCGGGUCGGCGGGCGGACUAUGCUGCCCAUUCGCUGGAUGCCCCCGGAGAGCAUCAUGUACAGGAAGUUCACCACCGAGAGUGACAUCUGGAGCUUGGGCGUGGUGCUCUGGGAGAUAUUCACCUACGGCAAGCAGCCCUGGUACCAGCUGUCCAACAGUGAGGCAAUCGAGUGCAUCACCCAGGGUCGGGAGCUGGAGAGGCCCCGGACGUGUCCCAAGGAGGUCCACCUCCUGAUGCAGGGCUGCUGGCAGCGGGAGCCCCAGCAGAGGCUGGUCAUCAAGGACAUCCACAGCCGCCUGCUCGCCCUGGUCAAGAACCCCCCCCUAUACCUCGACAUCUUGGGAUAG